GAAUGUUCUAUAGGUUAAUUCCUCCCAUUGGCAGAUAAAGUAUAUCCAGCAUACAAUACGUUGUUAGACCUACAUACAAGUUCUAUAAGCCAGGUUAAAAUGGCAGCAAUGCAGUCCACCGCUUUCGUGGGCAACCGCACUGCCAUGAAGCCGGCUCUUCGUAGCGCUGUAUCCCGCCAGCCUCGAGUCGCAGUGAGCGCCAUCUUCACCAAGUCCAAGCCCUCCACCAAGGUCGCCUACGUGUGCCUCGACUGCGGCUACCUCUACGAUGAUGCCGCUCCAUUCGAGAGCCUCAAAUCCUACUCCUGCCCAGUGUGCGGAGCGCCAAAGCGCCGCUUCAAGGAGCUCCGCGGCAACAGCCUGCGCGGCAACGACCCCAAGUCAAUGGUGGCUCGCAAGGACAAGCUGCGCGCGCAGAUUGCCGCGGAGGGAGGCAACCCGGACGAGGGCCAGAAUGAGUUCCUGCUCGCCACCGGGGCCGCCAUCGCCGUCACGCUGGGCCUGCUGGCCUACCUCACGCAGGCGUAAGGCGGGAGGGGUGUGCGCUGGUGUUUACUUGGCUGCGAGGGAGAGGGGUGAGGGAAAUAAUUUGGCGUUGUGAAGAGAGGGAUAUGGGAGAGGUAGGGUGGGCGAAGAGCAGCUGAGGUAUUACACCGUUUCGUAGCGACGUUGGGAGGGGAGGAGGAGGGUUUCAUGCUUGUUCGAGGCCGGUCUCAAUCCCAUGACCGAGCCUUGGGUCUAUGCUCCUGCUGACUUACUCGCGCAUUGGUAAGUAGGAAUAGGUGGUAUGGCGUCUGUACCAGAACAGACGCAUAUCAGCAUUAUUGAUGAAGGAACGGUUCCGAAGCGGGACGUACGGCGGAGGAGUCAGGCGAACGCAGUACGACUCGUACGGCCAUUGCGACUUCCUCGUAUGAAUGUCGUGACGGGUUUCAGGAGAAGUGAGAAGAGGAUUUAUCAAUAUCGUUUGUUGAGCGUGAGAGGGGUGAGAGAGAGUAAAGAGAGUUAGGGAGCGCGUGUUUUAGCGGAUGAGUGGCAAGUGGACGAGCUUAAGCGUAUCGGUCAGGCGUAGGUCAAGGUAGUCAUGUCCGCGAGCAUUGAGGGCACUGGUUUGCCUGUAGCGGGGCUGUUGGUCGCCGGUCGGCAGUUCCUUGAGUCCGUUGCUCAGUGGGUCCAAUGAGGCCAAUUAGUUUUUAUUCACGGUUGUUAGUCACCUUCAAAGUGUUUGACACACAUUAUGUAUAAGCUCUCGUAUGUCUGUUGCCCGUAAGAGAACUGCUGACCCUUGGCAUCCUUGAAAGGAGGAGAGGGCUCUGCAUGGGGAUGUAUUGAGAGGGCGAGGUAACCGUUGUACGUACGGUACAGGGUUCGCGGUGUUGUACACCAUCCUGCCGCAAUACCGGUAGGAUUCGUACUUGGUUUGGCCCAUGGCGUCCUCUGCCCCCUCAACGGGGCAUCGUUUGUUUGUAACGCGGUAUUUGCAAG